GUAUUCCCACCAUCUGACGUUAGGAUGGACCUUUUCCUACCUGUUCUUUUUCCACAAAUUUACCUCCUUCAAGUAUCCCCAGACAACAGUUUUCACGAAGGCUGUGCAACUUUUGCUCAUCCUUAAGAUGGUGAGCGUAGCCGAUGAGGUGCAAGAAUUCAUUCAGGUGAAGAAGCAGGAGGUGACAUCGUGCCCCAGGUCUCCAGAGAUUGGUGUGAUUCCCCAAAUGCCAGGACUGGUGGAGAUACUGUGCUACAGUUAUUGCUAUGUGGGGCUCAUGACAGGCCUAUUUUAUCGCUAUCGUACAUAUCAUGAUUGGUUGAACCAGCCCGAUCCUUCCGUUAUUCCUACAUGGAAGCCGCUGCGUUACAGAUUAAUAAUGAUCCCUGUCUUUGCAACUUCUUUUUUGGCUGUCUCCCACUUCUUCCCCCCUAAUUAUGUUGAAAGUGAUGCCUUCUAUGAGAGAGGACUUUGUUUUCGCCUUUUCUACGCGAUGCUCUACUCCUUUGUCUUCCGCUUGCGCAACUAUGUGACCUGGACUGCCUGGACUAUGUUUAUCUCCGCCUACUGGCAUGGACUGUGCCCUGGGUAUCACCUCAGUUUUCUUACCAUCCCAUUCUGCCUAGUAGCUGAGGAGGCCAUGGAGAGUGGGGUCUUGCGGCACCUCUCCCUGUCUGGCCGUGUUUUUGGUGACUGGAUACACUGGUUCCUGAAGAUGAUGGCUUAUGACUACCUGUGUGUGGGUUUUCACUUGCGCACCUUUGAGGGUACUAUUCGCUACUGGCGCUCAGUGUAUUAUUGUGUCCAUGUGGGGGCAGUGGGUUUCUUUGUGGUUGGGAAAGUAUUGGGGUCCCAGAGGAAUAGGGGCUCCCUGAAGGGCAAAGGUGGAACUCCGGAGAACCGCCAGAGGCAGGAAUGA